GGUGUAGAACCAGAGUAUAGACCAAGAGAAUAUUUACCAGACUUAAACCGCCGCGAAUGGUUGGAACUCUACGAAGGGUUAAGAAGGGAAUUGCUGAAUAGUCAUGUACGAUUGCCACUGACUACUCAUCUCACCCCUUGGCCAUAUUCCUCGUUGAAUGUACAACUAGAAACAGAUGAGACGUAUACUCCUCUCGCUGGGAAAGGAGGAGGAAAUCCUCAACAUACUUU